AUGUCCAAAACCGUAGUCGUCCUCGGCGGCUCACUGGGCGGCCUCGCUGUCACACACCGCCUGCUCAAGUACACGCUUCCUCACGAGCCGCACCUCAAAGUCAUAUUAAUCACAAAGAACUCCAAUUUCUACUGGAACCUCGCGUCCGUCCGCGCCGUCAUUCCCGACGUCCUCGGAGAUGAGCAGAUCAUGCAGCCCAUCGAGCCUGGGCUCGCGCAAUAUCCACCCGACAGCAUAGAAUUCAUCCUCGGCGAAGUCACCGGUCUGGACGCAGCCUCCAGAACAGCUCAUCUCUCGACAUCCGACGACACUCGCACUGUUACGUACGACUACCUCGUCAUCGCGACAGGAUCAACGAGCAAGUCUCCUUGCAUGCCGUGGAAAGCGUCGUCCACCCACGAGGCGUGCGUCGAGAGCCUGCACAAAACAGCAGAGAGCAUUCGUAGGGCUUCCCACGUCGUGGUGGCCGGAGCCGGCGCGACGGGGGUGGAGCUCGCAGCCGAGAUACGCUUCGAGUUCCGCGACAAGACGGUUGUGUUGUUGUCGUCGGACGAACAGCUCCUUGGCGGCGACUGUAUCGCGUCGGCGGCCGAGAGGGAAUUGGUGAAACUGGGCGUCUCGAUUCGCAGGAGCGUCAGGGUGGCCGGCACGGAAGACAGGGAGGACGGCAAGACCAUUGUGAGGCUGGAGGGGGGCCAAGAGAUGGAGACGGAGCUGUACCUCCCGACCAUGGGGUUCGUCCCCAACACGGCGUAUCUGCCGGGCAGCUUCUUGAACGACAGCGGGUACGUGCAUGUCGACGAGUACAUGGGCGUCGCGGCCAAAGACGCCGAGGGGAGGGUUUGGGCCGUCGGUGAUGCCGUCUCCAAGCCGAGAGCCGGGUUCCUCAUCACCGAGGCCCAGGCAGCGGGUGUGGCCAAGAAUAUCGACCUGGUGCUACGAGGUCAAGCCCAACAAGCUGUCCGCGGCCCGCUAGUUGACGCAUUCAUCUGCUCGACGGGCCGCUCCAGGACCGCGGGACGCCUUGGCUUUGUCCCCAUGCCAUCACUGGCUGGGUGGAUCGCCAAGGGCCGCACACUCGGGGUAGACCGGACGAAAAAGCUGGGAUGUACCGCCUGA